CCUCUAUCUACCUGACUUUCCUAUAUCCCCAUGUCCUACACCCGUCCUUUUACAGCUAUCUACAAUCUACUCACACCAAUCUACUCACACUUUCAUCCACCUACUAUCAGAUAUCUUUACUAAAUCUUGCAAUGAUGGGCGGUGGACCGGACAGCCCAGCUGCAGAGAGCAAGAAGGAGGUGCUGCUAGUUCUGUUCCCAGCUCCGGAGUCAAACAUGGCCCCGAGCCUUGACAAGAUAAAGAAGAAGUUUCCCAAGCUGGAAGUUGAGUAUGUUAAUGCCACCACUACAGCGGUGUGGGAUCAUGAAGCAGGCAUUCCCGAAGAUGUCUACGAACGCGCCACGAUCAUCGCAACCGUCGCCGCCCUCCCCCCUACACCCUCAUUGGCCCCCAACCUGGGGCUUAUCCAGUUCUUCAGUGCCGGCAUCAAUCAUGUCAUGAAACACCCUAUCUACACCGAUUCUAAGAUACCGUUAUGCACGGCCACGGGCAUCCAUGGCCCGCAGAUUGCUGAAUGGGUCAUUCUGACCACCCUGGUCCAGAGUCACGGGUACAACGACCUCUAUGAGGCGCAAAAGAAGCAUGCCUGGAAAAAAGAUAACGGAGCUGGCAGCGUAAGAGACCUGCCAGGUCAGCGCGUAGGCGUGCUAGGCUAUGGGAGCAUCGGACGACAAGUCGCGCGCGUAGCCCAGGCUUUGGGUAUGGACGUGAUCGCCUACACGGCAUCACCGCGCACCACGCCCGAGUCCAAAAAGGAUAAAGGCUUCAUCGUGCCCGGCACCGGCGAUCCCGACGGCUCUAUACCGAGCGCCUGGUAUAGCGGAACUAGCAAGGAGGCCCUUCAUGCGUUCUUGAAGCUGGAGAUCGAUCUGCUGGUGAUCAGUGUGCCGUUGACUCCAGCAACCUUCCACUUCCUCAGCACUCCUGAGUUCGAUCUCCUCGCCGCUUCAAACCCUAAUCUAAGCUAUAUCGCCAACAUUUCGCGUGGCGACAUCAUCGACCAGCCCGCGCUUAUUGAUGCUUUGAAAUCGAAGAAGCUCCGCGGCGCGGCUGUCGACGUGACGAGCCCCGAGCCGCUGCCGGAGGACCACCCGCUGUGGGAGGCGCCGAACUUGGUGCUGACACCUCACAUCAGCAGCAACAGCUCGAGGUAUAUGGAGCGCGCGUUUCAGCUGUUGGAAGCGAACAUCGGGAAAAAGGAGAGGGGGGAGGGGUUGAUCAAUGAAGUUGAUCGAAAGAGGGGCUACUAAGAAGUAUUGGAGGUGAAUAGGACAGGAUAUCAUUCGCGAUCAUUACAGCAACAGGGGCAGCUAGUAAGGGCCGUAGGUAUACGCGGUAGCAGAGACUUUCUACAUCUAUCUACCGUAAAUUAACCGCCAAACAUGUUAUGAG